AGCCAAACUCUGAUGCGGAAGUGUCUGACACAGGAGUCCGAGCACUGGCUGGCGCAUGCAUUUGCACUUUGUACAGCUGUUAAUCUAGCGAUUAUAAGUCCAGGUUUUAGUGUAACAUCUCACAGACCGUGCUGUCUGCCGUGCAACUAUGUCUUCUAGUGGAGAAGCUGUUUUGCGGGUCGUUGAGACGCCGCUGUUCUGGCUUGGUGCUCUGACCGCGGCCUGGCUGUCCGUCUGCUCCGUGUGCCGGCUGCUGUCCGGGAUCAGGGUGUGGGUGCUGGGCAACGGAAAACUCAUGUCCCCAAACAAAUUGGGGAAGUGGGCAGUUGUGACAGGAGCCACAGACGGGAUCGGCAAAGCUUAUGCGGAGGAGCUUGCUCGCAGAGGUUUUUCCAUCGUCCUGAUCAGCCGCUCUCAGGAGAAACUUGAUGACGUAUCUAAGGCAAUUGCCAGCAAAUGUGGUGUGGAGACCAAAACCAUUGCUGCGGACUUCAGUGCUGUAGAUAUUUAUUCCAAGAUUGAGGACGGACUUGCAGGACUAGAGGUUGGAGUGUUGGUAAACAAUGUUGGAACCUCCUACUCUUACCCUGAGUUCUUCCUCAAUGUUCCCAAUCUGGAAACUUUCAUCGACACAAUGAUCAACAUUAAUAUAACAUCAGUGUGCCAGAUGACACGUCUUGUUUUACCUCGAAUGGUCGAGAGGAAAAAGGGGGCCAUUCUCAACAUCUCAUCUGCCAGUGGGAUGUACCCUGUUCCUCUCCUUACUGUCUACUCUGCCUCCAAGGCAUUUGUGGACUUCUUUUCACGAGGACUGCAAGCUGAAUACAAGAGUAAAGGGAUCAUCAUUCAGAGUGUUUUGCCAUUUUUUGUUGCAACCAAGUUGAGUAAAAUCCGACGACCUACUCUGGACAGGCCCAGUCCAGAACGCUAUGUUGCAGCAGAGCUUAACACUGUGGGACUGCAGACUCAGACCAAUGGCUACCUGCCACAUGCCAUAAUGGGUUGGGUGACUACAGCUUUGCUCCCUGCCAAGAUGCUCAACAGCUACGUGAUGGGGAUGGGUUUGUCCCAGCGCGCUCGUUACCUCAAGAAGCAGAAGCAGGGAUAGAUGGAUCGGCGGAGGCUGCGAGCUGCACUAGCAGCAAACAGAGGGGACCAGCUGUGCUAAUGACUCAUCCAACUAUCAUCAUCAUCAUCAUGGACCAAGCAGAGACAACGUGACACUUUCUGGGCAACUUCUCAGUUUUCCUUCUUCCGAUAGUGAAAGAUGAUGUGAGCUGGUAUCUUAGCACGGUGCAUGUUGUUUUAACAAGUUGUGUGAAAACUAUUGGACCAAUUGGUGCUCUUUGUUGAGUAAACGGCUUUAAUGGAACAUAGAAACUAAAACCAACUCCCAGAACUGACCAUCUGUCCGCAAAACAUGAUGAGAAAUUAAGCCUAUUCGGUUUUGUGUGUGAUGUAACAGCUAUGUGUGAGUGUGUUUGAGACUCCUGUGGGUGUAGCUUAAUGGCAUUCAAUAAGAUACUGGAGGUAGUGCUUAUUGUUUUUUUUAAAGCACUUAAAGAGAUUCAAAGACAAAAGUCAGUUUUUGUCAACAGUUCCUAUGAGACAUUAACAUCGUAGAUUUCUUUGUCUAGUUUCAAAGCACAGAGUUGAGGGUUUUUUUUCUCUUUGUGCUGGCACGAUCACUAAGUUCUUGUUUUGUUUUUUGAAUUAAAAUCUUAAGUGUGUGUGAAAGAGCUAAAUCUGUUAUUUAACCAAGCUACAUUUCGCUGUUAAAAAUAGUAAUUUAAUGAAGAGCAGGCUGGGUGGAUGAAUCUUGAAGAGAGAAUAAAGUAUAAAAUUUGUGUGUUUUGUUUACAAACUAAAUUCCAUUUUUGAGGCAUUCUAUUAGUUUGCAUUGAUCCUGAAUGUGACUAUCUACUCUUAGAUUCUUAAAAGCUUCCAGAAGUGGAUUUAAUCCCGGUGUGAUGAGUUGGUGGUUUUGUUGUGCAUGUCCGACAGAUAAAUCUACAUUGUCUGUCUUUUCACCUGCUUCACUGCAUUUAUUAAAAUACUAAACAAAAAUGAGAUAAACCAGGAAAAUACAUUUCUGAUAAACUUAUUUGAUUUCUUUAAAGGGUUUGAGUUUGUUCAUAUAGUUUGUUUCUCGACUUGUCUUGACUCAGAUUUUGUGUUUAACUUGUCUGUGUGUCUGACGUUUGUUCUUUACUUUUCACCACUUGUUUUAGUUCAGCAUCCAGAAAUCUGCUUUGCUGAUUGUUGCUGAGGGGUAGUGUCUCGUCUUUGGGUAAACUAGAUGAUUGAUGCACUAUAGAAAACUUAAUUUUGUUUGUCCUUCCUGAUAUCAAUAAAUAUCAAUUUAAA